UCACCCUUGCCAAAAUAAAGUACAGCGGGACGCGCGAGACGCAUUUCCUGAGGUAAAUUACCUCACACAUCUUUAAAUCUAACGGCCCCUCAAUGCGCUCAACCGGAGAUACAGCCGUUCACACGCCUCCCCUCUCUCGGUAAAUAACUUCAUUCUACCAAAACCUGGUGCUGCUACUGAGGGAGAGAGAGACGGGAGACUUACAACUUUUUGGAUUUGAACAUUUCUCUUAACGUCUUUGGAUAUAACUUACUGGCCAUUACACACCAAGUGUGUCGUUUACUUGUCCUAUUUGGGAUAUACGCUCAAAUCUAGUGCCUAAUAACGACUGGUUUUGGUGCAGUUAACCUGAAGGUUGUGCAAAUAUAUCUGAAACCAGGCGAGGUUUGAAGCAUCAUGAGCCAGGCGGAUAUAUCGACGUGCUCGGCGCCUCAGAGAGUCUUCCAGGAGGCGGUGAAGAAAGGCAACACGAAGGAGCUCCAUUCACUGCUACAAAACAUGACCAACUGCGAGUUUAACGUCAACUCAUUCGGCCCCGAGGGACAGACGGCGCUCCAUCAGUCGGUCAUCGACGGGAAUUUGGAGCUGGUGAAACUGCUGGUGAAAUUUGGAGCUGAUAUUCGGCUUGCGAACCGAGAGGGCUGGAGCGCGUUACACAUCGCCGCUUUCGGGGGACAUCAAGACAUCGUGUUAUACCUCAUCACCAAGGCCAAGUACUCGUCCGGCGCGCGGUGAUCCGAUCCGAUCCGCUGGCAGGUAAAAACUCACGGAAAGACCGGGCUCGUUUCAUAUUCUUUGCCAAGUUGACAGACGACGGCGGCGAAGUUCCCUUAAACCAAAUGAGGGGUCGUUGGGGUGUAGCCUUUCGCUUUCACGUGAGGUCCAUCAGUAAAACUGAAACGUGCGUCGAUGUUUGACGUGCGUUGGUACUAUAGCUUUUUAUUGAAUGUUUAAGGCAUCAGAUCUGGACUGCGGGGCUUUUGACCUGUUGACCUGUCCGCCGCUGGAGAAAUCACGAUGGCACUUGAUGCUGUGGCUGAAUGCUGGAUUAUGUGAAAGGGAAUGAGGUGAACUCCAGAAUGAAGGCCAUCCUCUAUUUUGGCUAAACACUGUCUUUUUAAUACGAACCUUAAUGUCGUUUCAUCAAUCAAAUCACGUGGCAUGUGGCGGCAUUCGUGAUCAAUGCUGAAAUGUGUCACGGACAUAACAAUGACUUCUUCGUAAGUACUGUACACAUAGCUUUACUGUGUUGUGUUUUAUCAUUUCUGUAAAAGUAAGUUAGUCCAUUGCGCUCUACCUUCACCUAGCAGAUGGCUUUUACACAGCUUUCAGGCCAGUGCGACCCAUGUCUAUGUUUAACGUGUUACUAAAAACCGCUGCUUUCGCUUUUUUUGUAUCAAAACGUCAGGAAAGUCGCAUUUGGGACACACUUUAUAAUCUUCUCUUUCAGUAUUUUGUAUUAACACCCUGGUCAUCACUGUGAAUACAGGCUGGGUUUGUUUUUUAUUUAUGAAGGUACAGUGAGAUGAUGCAUUUAAAUUAUGUUGUGGUUAUUUUUAAGAAUAUAGCCUAUGUGUAAAAGUAUGUAGGGUUGACCUAAAGCUGCUUCGGACUCAUUACAGGCUAAACUGUCCCGUGUGGAGAUUGCGCGCCACGACCCCCACGUGUAGAACGCUUCAUUUUUUCCCGGGAAAAAAACGUCCCCGCUAACUUACUUUAAUUUCUGGUUCUCUGCAUCAGCUACCUCGACUUGAAAGUAUUCAACAAUAUCGGAUAUAUGCUUUCUUUCUCAAGCCUUCACUUUAACCGUUUUCAAUUACCACCGUGCUCGUAUAUUGGUCAACAAAAUUAAAUAGGUCCUAUUUUUGAAAUCUUCACUCGGGACGAGAACCAAAAUUAGAUCAAUUGGUUAUUCAAAACAUGGAUAUGAAUAUAUAUAUAUUUUUUCUCUUUUUAAUUCGUCAAGCAUGGUUGAGACAUUAUAAAUGUUAUCGCUUACUUGUGCAUUACUAUUUUUUGUUUCCGAUGUUAGUUACAAAAAGUGGAAUGCGCAUUGCAUGAAUAUUAAAUGCAGGGAGUUUUGUUGCACAUAAAUGUGGAGCCUUUUACGCCCCCUAGUGCCUGGUCGGGUAACUGCAGGAGCUGAGGCUUACCAAUAGUUACUACUGAGCAGGACUAUUCUGAACAUUAUUAUUAAGAAAACUAUGAUUUAUGUUUCAUGACUGUUGCAGGAUACAUGGACAGAUUCAUUCAAAAGCCUGCCUGCUGCCUUUAAGGGUCAUGGCACCUGAUGUUUAUUUCAAUGCUGCUUUUUUAUGUAUUUUUUUUUCUUUUUUGUUACAAUGGCCAACAGUGAGUGAAUGAGGAGAAAUAUCAGUCUUUUUUUUUGAGAAGCCCCAUGCGAAUAUGUGUGAGAGUCUGGUCAUGUAUGUGUUCAGUGCUGUGGGUCCAGACCCCAUCACUCAUCAUUACCUGGUUAUUAAACUGUUUAAAAAUAAAACAAAACAAUGUAACUAGGAACUCCUUGUACAGCUGGAGAUACAAAAGAUGUCAUUCUCGUGACCAGCUAAUAGUUUGGUAUAGACAGAAUAUGCAUCGCUUGUCUUAAACUUGAUAUUUUUACUCUUGUUGAAAAUAUUGCACUGAUGACUGUUGUUAAUUUGUUGACUUCAUGUCAACAUUUUAUUUUUUCUAAAUAGAAAAAAGGAACACAUCAAAAUACUAUUGUAUAAAAAAGCUCCAGGUUAUAUUGUGUGAGUGCGUUACGUUGUAUAACAUUAUGUUUGCAAAGAUGUUAAUAUCUCUGUGAUCGAGUGUAUGUGUAUACAUAUGGAUAUAUAUGGAUAUAUAUAUAUAGACGCUGUUAUCUCGGAGCACUUUCUUAUUUGAAGUGCUCUCCUCCUGAUGUUAGUAAAGGGGAAUAAUACUUGUGAUGGUAAGAUCAUUGUAACAAAAAUAAAUUGCACGAUGUAUAGUUGUUUUACCCCCCCUGUUUGUCAUAACAUUUAUGACAUGGGAGUUAAAUGACUGGAUAGGUGUAUAUGAAUGAGCGAGAGUUCUGAUAUAUAUAUAUAAAUAUAUUUUUCUCUGUUUUGUGGACCAAGUUAUCUUGCGUCUCAAGCGAACAAAAACGUUUUAUGUGUAAUGGAAUGCUCCUUUGUGUUGACUUUAGCUUUUCUUUAUUUUUGUUUGUGUGUCUAUUUUGUUCGUAUUUUUUGAACAUUUGUAACACUGUGAUUCAUGUGUGGUGAGAAAAUGAGUGCUGUAAUUUUUGUAUGGAUGUAUGUGUGUGUGUUCAUGCCAGUAAAGAAAUCAUUAAACCUUC